CUAUAUCUUUCUCCCCACUCACUCACUCUAUUCUAAGCCUCUGUCUCUCUUCCUCUUCCUCUUCAUCUUAUGUUGUUGUUCUUUCCCUUGUCAUCUUCACCCACCAUUUCUUAAUCUCUUCUUCAAUGGCUUCCACUCACAACCACAACAACAACAACAACGGCUGCACCACCCACAUCCCCAAAAAGCCAAAGCUCUCACCUCUAUCCUCCUCCCCCUUCAUCACCCCUUCUGAGAUUCAAUCCGAAUUCUCCCACCACGAUCCCUCCGUUGCUCGAAUCAACAACGGCAGCUUCGGCUGCUGCCCCGCCUCCGUCACCGCCGCCCAACACGACUGGCAGCUCAAGUACCUCCGCCAGCCUGACAACUUCUACUUCAACCACCUCAAACAAGGCAUCCUCCGCUCCCGCACCAUCAUCAAAGACCUCGUCAACGCCGACCACCUCGACGAGAUCUCCAUCGUCGAUAACGCCACCACCGCCGCCGCCAUCGUCCUCCAGAACACUGCCUGGGCCUUCCGCGAGGGCACCUUCCAGCCUGGCGAUGUCGUUCUCAUGCUCCACUACGCCUAUGGUGCUGUCAAGAAAUCCAUGGAGGCCUACGUCACGCGCGCCGGCGGCACCGUCAUCGAGGUCCCUCUUCCGUUCCCGGUGAAAUCCUCCGAUGACAUCGUCCGCGAGUUCCGCAGCGCGCUGGAGAGAGGGAAGAGCGGCGGCAAGAAGGUCAGGCUCGCCGUCAUCGAUCACGUGACAUCUAUGCCCUGUGUCGUGAUUCCGGUCAAGGAAUUGGUCAAGAUUUGCAGGGAAGAAGGGGUUGACCGGGUUUUUGUUGAUGCUGCACAUUCCAUUGGGUGCACCGAUGUUGAUAUGAAAGAGAUUGGUGCUGAUUUCUACACCAGCAAUUUGCACAAGUGGUUCUUUUGUCCACCUUCAAUUGCCUUUUUGUACAGUCGCAAGCACCCUAAAGGUGGUUCAGGUUCUGAAUUACACCACCCUGUGGUGUCUCAUGAGUAUGGUAAUGGGUUAGCUGUGGAAAGUGCUUGGAUUGGGACCAGAGACUACAGUGCCCAAUUGGUGGUUCCUGCAGUUAUAGACUUUGUGAACAGGUUUGAAGGAGGAAUUGAAGGGAUCAAGAAGAGGAACCAUGAAACUGUUGUGGAGAUGGGAGAUAUGCUGGUUAAGGCUUGGGGGACUCAUGUGGGGUGUCCUCCUCACAUGUGUGCAAGCAUGGUCAUGGUGGGUUUGCCAACUUGUUUGGGGGUUCAAAGUGAUUCUGAUGCUCUCAAGUUGAGGACACAUUUGAGGGAGGCUUUUGGGGUUGAAGUUCCCAUUUAUUACCGGCCACCAAGAGAUGGAGAAGUUGAGCCUGUAACUGGGUAUGCAAGGAUUUCUCAUCAAGUCUACAACAAAGUUGAUGACUAUUACAAGUUUAGGGAUGCAGUUAUCCAGCUUGUGGAUAAGGGUUUUACUUGUGCUCUUCUUUCGGAUUGAAGAGUUGAGAGGUGUCAAUGUUGUCUUUCUGAUCAAUAAAAGCAAUGGUUUUGUGAUUGCUUGCAAGCUGGGCUAGUUGCGAUGGUUUCGGUACCAAGGACUGGUAGUUUUGCAGAUUAACCCCAGCAAUUGCUCAUACUAGCCUUGCUGAGUAGAAUUCCCUGGGGGCAACUUCAAUGCUGAGAUCUAUGGAAUUAUCCUUGUAAAUAUAAUCAUAACUCUGACAGUUUAAUGAUCUUAACCUUUACUGUGCCAAUUGAAGUUAGCCUUCUUUAGGUUUAUGCCAAAUUUUCCCAUAAACUUGACGUUUGUUAUUUCUGUUUGUAUUAGAUUUUGGUAAAAUUUUUGUAAGAAAUGAUUUAGUAAGAACUGGUGUUUAAAAAGUUAUUUGUUUUGGGGAUGGUGGUAAAAAAAAAGAGCUUAGAAGAAUAACAUAACUUCUUAGUGCA